UCUGUGUUGAGGUAUUGUUUGCUCACAAGCACCGUGUUUGUAAGAGGAAACAAAACAUUCACAUAUACUCUGCAAAACGGUUGAUUUCUAUAUGGUUUUUUGGAAUAUUUAUUUUUUUCCGGUCGAAUCCAGAUGCUUUGCUUGUGGAUGCUGCACCAAAGUGAUAAGAAGCAGUUCAGCCACGAGGGCUCCGAUGACCAUUACUUCCAAUUACUGUCCUGCGUGUUAACAAGAUACUGAUAGCAGAUGAUAGGAUCAUAUUGCCUUUCAGGUGCUUUAAUGCGCAGCCGCUGCACGCUGGGUGGACAGAGAGUGUAACUGGGUCCGGUUACACAGGAGGAUGGUGGCGAAGAUGGCGAGCUGCGGAGCGGCUUCUCACCUGGAGGACGGAGACGGAGAUGUCCCCGCGAUGGAAAACAAAGAUAACCUGAGAGAAAGUGACGGCAGCAGUUCAGAGAACACAGAAACAUCCACUGAGGAAAGCUCGGAAGACGAAGAGGAGGAUAAGAAUUCUGGCUGUGCUGAGAAGAAUGGAGAAAAGGAAGACAAUGAAGAGGCCAAUGCGGAAGAGUCCACAAAUGAUUCAAUCCCUGGGCCUGAAGCGGAGGUUUCAAAAGGGAAAGAAGAGUGUCACUUCAAAUCAUGCUGUGUGAAAUGCAAAGCCGUUCAGCAGAGCCAUGGCAAUGAGCUUGUUACCCCCAGGAGGAUCUCUAAGGGACGAUUGCAGGUGCAGCUGGAAGGAGAGGGCACAUACGAGUGUUCGCUCACCGGCCUGGUGUUUGAAGCAUCGGAGCGGGUCAUCGUUCGGUACUCAGUCCUGUCCUGGUCCAGGUUUGGCGCGUUUCUGCCGGACUCCUGGAAAUUUGCUGGACCCAUCUUUAACGUGGACACAGUCAAUAAGGACGCUUCCGUCCUCACGUCUAUCCAGUUCCCUCACUCCGUCUGCCUUGCUGAUCCAGAAAAAGGGAUGACAUUCAGUGUCCUGCACAUAAAGGACAACCGUCCUCUCAUUGAGCCGACAGUGGACCACUCGGGGAGCCAUGUUAAGUGGAACGUGACGUCUCUGUCUCCCGUGGGUCCCAUCAUUCAGACGAGCCAAUCUGUAGAACGCCACGGGGUGGUCCUGGUCUACAAGCAGGUGGGCAGUGACAACAACAACUACAGCUUCCACGUCUACCUGGCCACCAACAGUUCAUCUGAUAUCAAGGAUAUAGGCAAACAGGUGCGGUGCUACAAGAAUCGCUACAUCCGAAUAGAGAAGCCUCCCACAUGUAAACUGGACGAAGGGACGUAUCGUCUCCUUAGUGAGCCAGAGGGAGAUAUCAAACCUCAGGAUUUGAAAUUCACUCUUGCUGUGACAAAGAUGAAGGGCUACUUUGAAGCUUUCUUCGAGCAGCCGCCUCCCUUUAAAUUGUCUCUCAUAGAGAUUAACACUGAGGAGACCGUAUGGUCCGCCACCAUCAGAGAAGGUGACUGUGUGGACAACACAGAAAAAAAAUCAAGAAAAAGGACCAUCAACAGACAGAGGAGCAGCAGCCCCUCAGAAGAAGAACUCUGCUGUAAAAGGCCUCGGUGGCAGGAUGUGUCAGAUGGAGUGAAACCAGCGAUGACUCUGGGUCAGGACAUGUCGGAGAAGCAGCUACUGCAGGUGGCCAAGCGGCUCGGGAAGGAGUGGAAGCAGGUGGCCAUCUAUCUGGACCUGAACUCCAGGGAGCUGGACGACAUCCAGGCGGCAGAGAAAGAUGUGACCAUGCAGAAGCUGAAGAUGCUGGUGGAGUGGAAGAGCAGGAGGCGGGCGGGAGAGGCCACGGCGCAUCACCUGCUGAAGAGUUUAGAGGAACUGGAUGACUUACCAAACGAGGUCCACCAGACAUUGAAAGGCAUGGAAUCGACAAUCGACAAUCGAGCAGCUAAGUGAAAAAGAAACAACCUUUGGAUAUCUUCAGGAAGAAAGAUACUUCACCUCUUCUGUUUGUGAUUCCCCUCAACAAUAAUCCCUGGAAAUGACCCUGAUACCUGGGUUUUUAUUUUGGCACAGUUAAAGGAAAGGGCUGGUGUCUUAUCUUUCGAAGGACGUUUUCCCUAUUUUUGUUGAAAGGUAUUCCUCAGAUUCUGUAAUGAAUACAGAAAAGACAAGCUGUACCUAAAGCUUCAUUUAUGUAGCUAUAUUUUGUUUAAAAAAAUGAACAGUAGAGUUCAUUGUGAUGUACAGUAGCUAAUUAUGUAGCCAGUAACAUGUUUAAAUGUAGGUGCUGCAGUGUUGAAACUGCGAAGAAUGGGAAAAAUACCACCUGUGUAUAUUGUUUCCACAUUAUGUUUGUGGGAUUCUUUUUAUAUAAAUAUUAGGCAUUACGUCACACGCACUUGAUUGUCUGACUCUCCUAGGCAUAUGGACUUUUUUUUAAUACAUUUUUAUAUUUGUCCUGUACAUAAUCUUUUUUUACCAACUACCUGUGAUCUAUUUUUAAGUCGGUUUUGUAUGUUUAUGUCUGUUCGUGUUUUAUUUCACAACUCUGAACCUUUAAAAAGCUCAAGGAAGUUGCAAGAGGUCCUUAAUUAUGUUUCUGUGGUUUAACUUGAAUUAUAAAUACAUUCCUGCCAACCUGUGAUUGGAACGCACAUCUUGUUUAACAAAAGUGUACACUCUGGGGAACAAACAAACUAACCAGCAUUUGGAUUCAGGGCCUAAUUGAAGUGUAUGUGGUUCAGCUACAGCCUGGCAAUGUGUGUAUAUAUUUGUAUGUAUCAUCUUGUCAAUGCUAAUUUCAUAUCUGUACAACUUCGAACGCCAACUGUACUGUUGAAAACAUUUCAGUUAAAUUAUCUUAUAGGUCAUAGCUCUGAUUUAGUUUUCACCUUUUUGCAAAUAGCAUUAUUUCAACACAUCUCACACACUAUUUAAAAAAAAUAAAAAUAAAAAGCUGCAGAAAUGGCAUUUGGAUCAUGAAAUCUUUGAGGGUCUACCAUUAUGAUGAGUAUUGUUUACAAUCCAUUGCUUCCUUAAACCUCUUACCAACAAAAAUCCUGUCCGUCCUUUCUGCACCUCUUUCUAUCAUGUCUCUCCAAAGACUUUGUAAUAAUUGUAACACAGCGAUGUUGACUGAAUAAAAAUACAACUUGACA